CCACCUCGCCCACACUUCGCCGGGGCUCCACAUCUCCUCUCCUCCCACAGUCGGCGGUCCUGCCUCUCCCCAUCCGGCGGCCUCGAGCUUGAGCUCCUCUUCCUCUUCUCUCCUCCGAUGGCUGGCGGCCUCACCUCUCCCCCCAUCCGGCGGUCCUCUCCUCGGUGGAGCCUCGAAUCGGACAACGUCGACCAGAUCGACACGACAAGGAGGUUGAGGCAGAUGUGGAUCGAGGCGGCCUUCGUCGGGCCACCACUGCGGACGGGUCGAGGUGGCCGUCGUCGAGCUGCUACUGCACAGGUUGACAACGACGAUGAGCGACGGCUUGUAAAUACAUAGUACAAUAUGUACAUGAGCAAUCCAGGAGGCGACUCCACCAGGUCUGAACCACCUUCCUAGCUCACCACCUUGCCACCAUCGGCAACGUCACCCACCCACUUCCGAUGCCUGCCCUCUCCUCUCCUCUCACAUUCUUUUUCUUUCUCUCUCUGCCUAAUACAGAUAUUUUUCUUCUAUGAAUUCAAUUCAUAUUUUCUCGAUCCAUAAACACUGACGGCAAGAGCGAGCCAUCACAGACGACACUCUUGCUCCAUGUGGGCAUCGGUUGGUGCCUAGAGAGCUGAUUUGAUAGGAUGAGGUUGGUCGGUUUGUUUUGAACGUGGACUAAUCAACGUGAAGCAGGGAAGCCUUUAGAGGAGGUUGGCUUGUUCGGUUUAGUAGGUGGUUAUAGAGGUGGUAUUGGCCGGACACAAUGUACGGUUUUUUCCUAACAAACUAAGCACUGUAUGUUUUUUUUGCAUAAUGUAUGGUUUGAUAUUUUUUUUCUUAAAAUGUUAUAUCUUCUUUAAUAUAAUAAAUUGCCACACCCUUUUUAAAAAACCUGAUAUGUGUCCAUAGGACCUAGCCAUGUGAAGUCUACAUUUGACAAAUCAAAUUGAUCAGGUCUGGGCCAGGUGUACUAUGCCCAAAAUUCUGUCAUCAUCAAAUCCAAAAAGCAAGGAACAGUCUCUUAUCGAUCUGUAGUUCUCUACUUAAUAGAGUUGAUCACUUAGGUUAGGUAUAUAGAAUAGUAACCACCACUACCAUUAUAGUAUUACACUAUAGUACUACUACAUCACAAAGGCAUUAGACAUUAAUUAGGAGUAAGAGCAAAUCUUGUGGAGAACCUUUUUGUGACUGUGUCGGGUAACCGGCAUGAACUCAACCUGCGGCGUGCACAGGACACAGUGUGAUCAGAUCAGAUAAUCAGAUUAGCAGCUUAGCUUAGCUUAGCUUGCUUACGUCCACACUACUUUACUCUCCGUUGGACCAAAUCACUAAACUUUGUCGUAAACUCGUACUACCUCCGUGCCAUAAUAAGUGUAGCCAUAAGUUUCCGCGUCCAACUUUGAUCGUCCGUCUUAUUUGAAACUUUUUUAUAAUUAGUAUUUUUGUUGUUAUGAGAUGAUAAAACAUGAAUAGUACUUUACUCGUGACUUAUGUUUUUAAUUUUUUUAAAAAAAUUUUCAAAUAAGACGAACGGUUAAAGUUAGAUGCGGAAAACCAUGGCUGCACUUAUUUUGAGAUGUAGGAAGUAAGGCAUACCGCACACCACGUCCUGGGGGUCAGGCAGUCAGCCUAGUGAAAAAGAUAACUGUGCAAGCUAGCUUCUCGCUCUCGCGCCUAUAAAUUGGGCGCUCGCCGCCGGCCUCAGAGUGCACACACAGACACACAGACGCACUCACACACUCAGCUUAAGCGAGCGAGCGAGUGAACGAGAGAGAGAGACAGAGAUGGCGAGUGUUGCCUCCUUCCCGGUGAUCAACAUGGAGAACCUGGAGACCGAGGAGAGGGGCGCAGCAAUGGAGGUCAUCCGCGACGCCUGCGAGAACUGGGGCUUCUUCGAGAUGCUGAACCAUGGCAUCGCGCACGAGCUGAUGGACGAGGUGGAGCGGGUGAGCAAGGCGCACUACGCCAACUGCCGGGAGGAGAAGUUCAAGGAGUUCGCGCGGCGGAUGCUGGAGGCCGGCGAGAAGGGCGCCGACGUGAAGGGCAUCGACUGGGAGAGCACCUUCUUCGUCCGCCACCGCCCCGUCUCCAACCUCGCCGACCUCCCCGACGUCGACGACCACUACAGGCAGGUGAUGAAGCAAUUUGCGUCGGAGAUCGAGAAGCUCUCGGAGAGGGUGCUGGACCUGCUGUGCGAGAAUCUGGGCCUGGAGAAGGGUUACCUGAAGAAGGCCUUCGCCGGGUCGAACGGCCCAACGUUCGGCACCAAGGUGAGCAGCUACCCGCCGUGCCCGCGCCCCGAUCUCGUCGACGGCCUCCGCGCCCACACCGACGCCGGUGGCAUCAUCCUGCUGUUCCAGGACGACCAGGUGAGCGGCCUCCAGCUGCUCAAGGACGGGGAGUGGGUGGACGUGCCGCCCAUGCGCCACGCCAUCGUCGCCAACAUCGGCGACCAGCUGGAGGUGAUCACCAACGGCAGGUACAAGAGCGUCAUGCACCGCGUCCUCACGCGCCCCGACGGCAACCGCAUGUCCAUCGCCUCCUUCUACAACCCCGGCGCCGACGCCGUCAUCUUCCCGGCGCCCGCGCUCGCCGCCGCCGACGCGGCGGCGGCCGCCUACCCGAGGUUCGUGUUCGAGGACUACAUGAACCUGUACGUGCGCCACAAGUUCGAGGCCAAGGAGCCACGCUUCGAGGCCAUGAAGUCCGCCGCCGAGGUCGUCCACGCGGCGCCCAUCGCCACCGCUUGAUAAGGAUCAGACUUCACUAGCUACGGCUGCGCGUGCCAUGAUCCAGAUAUAUGGGAUGUGUACGGUAGUGUACGUGGUGCUGUACAUGCCGUCCCGUGUUUUUCUGCGUAAUGUUUUUACGUACUAGACUACUACUAGUGUGUGUACGUAACCUGGGGAUGUAAGUAUCGCGUCAAGUACUCAAGUGUGUGUAACGGGCGCUCUAAUCGUAUUGUUCUGUGCUUCAAUGGCUACCACGUUAGAUGGGCCUUGUGCUAAUGUUGUUUUAUGCUACUUCCGCUGUCGCCUUAGAUGGGCCUUGUUGUAUAAUGUCUCGUCGACACAUCUGUGCUUUUCUGGGUGUGUUUAGUUGGGGAAAAUGAAAUUCUUGGCUGUCA